UCAGAUAUUACUUAUUUAUUUACAGCUUGCUCCCAAGGAUGCAGAUGAAUUACAAAAGCUAAAUCAGUUAAAAGUUCAAGCUCAACAAUGGCAAGCUCAGCAAACUUGUGCUCAGCAGUGGACUUAUCCAAAUACUCAAACAACAGCACCAUGGCAACAAGGAAAUUGGCAGUCACAGAAUAUGUGGCAACAGCCGCCACCACCACCUCCAAGUUGGUUUCAAGGACCCCCUCAAAUGCCACCACCUCCACCUGUAGAGUCUUGGCAGACUUCUUGGGACCCAAACAAUCCACCACCACCUGAUCCACCUUUGCCAAAAGAUGAUCAAAAGCCUCCUCCUCCAGAAGAUAACAAAACUUCAACUACUCAAAUACCAGCUCUUCAGGUUUACCAGGAAGAGCCUCCACCUCCACCAACACAACCACCUCCACCACCACCUGAUGAGGAAAAGGAACAACAUUCUACCUCACAAGCUAACAAUUCACAAACUGAUAAUUCACAGAAGUCUACAGUAACAAAUCCUUCAAAUGAAAAUACCAAUACAUCACCACUAACUUCAAGAGAAACAAAUCAGCAGCAAAGACAACAGCAAACUUGGCAAUCAAAGCAGAAUUUAACUCAAACUGAAAAUCAAGAAUCAACAAAUGAAUCAAUGGCUGGAGAGUCAAAAAUUCAAGAAGAAAAUCGUGAAAAUUGGCAACAAAAUAUGCCCUCAAAACAUUCAGAAACUUCUGAUUCCUCUCAUCAAAGGUGGAAACAGUCUUCUUCUCAGGAAGAAAAAGAUGAAAAUAUUCAAGGAUGGACAGGAAAUAUAACAAAUGUAAACAUUCAAAGUCAAGUAAAUUUGGAUUUUCAAAGACAAGAAUGGCAUCCAACACAAGGAGUUAGACAUCACUUCCCACCCCCUCAAGAUCAAUCAGAAUUACAUAAAGGUUGGCAAGAUAAUUUUAAUCAAAAUCAAGGUUUUAGAUCAUCAAUUUCUAUGAAAGAUCACAUUCCUCAUGAUAAACAAGGCUCGCAAUGGCAACCAAAUCAAGCUGCUAGGCCUCAGACCUCAUAUCAAUCAGAACAUACACAACAAAGUUGGCAACAUAAUGAAAGACAAAGGAAAUCUUUACUUCCAUUACAUCAAGAAACAAAAUCUUUUCAAAAGAAUUGGCAAGAAAAUCCAAGAAUAGAUGAGGAUCAGAAUCAGCAAAAUAUCUGGCAUCAAAACAGGGAUUUUAGAUCUACACAAAAUAAAGGACAAAAUCAGGAUGAAUCAAAUAUAUGGAAUCAGAAUCAAAGAUCUAGAUUUGAUGGACAACAUUCUUCUAAACAAGAAUGGCAACAAGACUCAGGAGGAAGAGCUAUAGAUUACCAAAAACCCUGGCAAUUUAGACCUCCACAACAAAAUGAACAGGGUGGACAAAGUGGUCAGCGAUCAUUCCGUCAACAAGAAAAUUUCGGAGGAAAAAGAUCAUUUCAACAAUCGGAACAAUAUGGAUUAAAUCAAAGACCAUCUCAUCAGGAAGAAAAGUCAGAUUCUGGUAAUAGAAUGUUACAACCUGACUAUCUCAAUCAGUCUCGUCCUCAGCAUUCUGAAAAUAUGGGAUUAGGAAAAAGCCUACUUCAACCAGAUUAUCUUAGAACAGGUAUAAGGCCAAGGAAUAAUCAAAGAUCAGAUGAUUUAGAAAAACAAUUAUCUGGACAGUCUGAAUAUUUUGGAUCAGGGCAAAGAUUCCAAUCUGAAAGUGUUCAAUCAGGAGGAAGGCAGCCAUUUCAACAACCAGAUCAUUCAGGGUUGGGUCAUCAAUCAGAACAUUUUGGGUCUGGAGAAGAAAGUCAUCAAAUGGAAAAUUUUGGAUCUGGGAAAAGACUACUUGAGCAAGAUUUUUCUGGUUCUGGACAAAGAUCUUAUCAACAAACAGAAAAUAUGUCAAUUGCAAAAAGACCUUUAUUAUCUUUAGACUAUGGUUCAGGUAAAAGACCACGUCUUAUGGAUCAUCUUGGAACAGACCAGCAUUCUAUGCAUCAAACAGAGCAUUUUGAAUCGGGACCAGGCUCUUUUCAACAGUUAGAUAACAUUCCAUCAGGCCAAAGGUCUCCAAAACAAGAUCAGUUUGGAUCAAAUCAAAAAAGCCAUUUUCAAUCUGGGAAAUUUGGACAGAGACGUCAACAAGAUCACUUAAAUAUGGGACAAAGGAAAUCUCAACAAUCAGAACAUUUUGGUUCUAAAAAUAACUGGCAACAAAAUCAUGAUAAAAGAAGUCAGUUACCACAAGACAAAUUACAAGAUCCAUUAUAUCGCUGGUCUGAUAAUUCUCAAACUACAUCAAGUUCUCAAGAUAGAUUUCAUGAUAACAGUUUUCAGUUUCAGGGAUCUGGAUCCAUAAAUAAAGAUAAUGUAGAUUGGCAAAAUAAUAAUCAGGAUUCUAGGGGAAAUCAGUUUGAACAGGAAAAUGAAAGAUGGAAAACACAGGGAUCUAGGUUUUCUCGACAUCAAGAUUGGCAUUCGCCAUCUAAACAAUUUAGUGAGCAGCACGGUCGUCAAAAUAAAUCUUUUAAUUAUUCAGAUGAAGUAGAUUCUUCCAAAUUUUCUCAAUCAAAUUUGGAUCAAGAAGAAGAAGAAUUUGAAAGACAAUUUUUACAAUGGGAAAAGCAAUUUGAAAUGUGGAAAGAACAGAAUAAAGAUCAUCCUGACAGAGAAGCUUAUAAUCGUUAUGAAAAACAAUGGCGUGAAUGGAGAGAACGGUUAUUGAAAAGACGAGAUCAAAUGCAAAAUUUGAGAGUACAAAAAGAACAUGAUGACGGUAAAAAAAAACAAGAUAAUACUUCUACUUCUCUUCCAAAAAAUGUGAAUGAUAGUCCUGUUUCACAAAAAAAGGACAGUCUGUUGUCAUUGCCAAAAGGAAAGUUUGAAAUGGGACAAUCUCCUGCAUCAGUACAUUCUGCAUCUUAUCCAGGAUCUGAAAAGCCUUCAGCUGAUACAGCAAUUAAAUCAUUAUCUAUUUUGGAAGAUAAAUCUGAAGAAUUGGAUAAAUCUGUAAAAAAGGAAAAAUCUAAUCAAAUUGAAGACAUAACCAUAAAUGAAUGGAAUCAUGGACGUGGUAAUGAAAGAGGACAGCGAGGAGGAAGGGGUAGAGGAAGAGGCAGAGGUCGAGGAACUGGAAGGGGACUUGACGGAAAAGAUGAUGGAAGUUGGAAAGAAACCGAACAAGAAGGAAAUUUUCAUAGAAAUGAUGAUAUGUUUGAAGAAGAAAGGUAUCCACCAAUUCAUGAUUAUUUUGAUCAACAAGGAUUUACACAGUCAUCAGAUAAAGCCUCACUGCUAUCUGAGACUAAUUAUGGCUUAAGAAACCAGAGAGAUUUUACUGAAGAUAUAAAUUUCAGGGGACUUGACGGAAAAGAUGAUGGAAGUUGGAAAGAAACCGAACAAGAAGGAAAUUUUCAUAGAAAUGAUGAUAUGUUUGAAGAAGAAAGGUAUCCACCAAUUCAUGAUUAUUUUGAUCAACAAGGAUUUACACAGUCAUCAGAUAAAGCCUCACUGCUAUCUGAGACUAAUUAUGGCUUAAGAAACCAGAGAGAUUUUACUGAAGAUAUAAAUUUCAGAUUCGAAGAUGAAAGAGUUUUCUUUUUUGAUGAAUCUUACUCUGAUCAAAAUUCAGAACAGAGAGGAAAAUUUUGUGACAUUAGUGGAAAUUCCAAAUCGAAACCAAUAGAAAUAGAUUAUGGACAUAAACCAGCAGCAUUAGUAGUUGGUGAAAAUUUCUUGACGAAGUUUGGAACCUGCAUUUUAAAUUUGAGUGACACUGGUUUUAAACAAGAUAAAGUCAGAAUUAAUAGAUUGCUACUUGCUUUAACUUACAAACUUGCAGGAUUCGAAGAUGAAAGAGUUUUCUUUUUUGAUGAAUCUUACUCUGAUCAAAAUUCAGAACAGAGAGGAAAAUUUUGUGACAUUAGUGGAAAUUCCAAAUCGAAACCAAUAGAAAUAGAUUAUGGACAUAAACCAGCAGCAUUAGUAGUUGGUGAAAAUUUCUUGACGAAGUUUGGAACCUGCAUUUUAAAUUUGAGUGACACUGGUUUUAAACAAGCUUUUACUUCUCCACCAUCAGUAUUGUUCUCUCAGUCAAAGAUUGAGACCUUUGAUUAUGAACAUGGUCAGAAAAAGGAUUUACAAUCAUCUGGCAGUGAAAUUGAAAAAGCAAUAUUUGAUUAUGAACAUAAGCGUGAUAGAAGCCUAAGCAGAGAUAGAAACAGAGAUCCAAAACGUGAUUGGAUUAAAGAAAAAGAUAGAGAAAGAGAACGCAUGAAAGAUAGAGAUCGUGAUAGAGAGAGGGAGAGGGAACGUGAUAGAGAAAGAGAAAGAGAGCGUGAUAAAGAAAGAGAAAGAGAGCGUGACAAAGAACGAGAACGUGACAAAGAGAGGGAACGCGAUAAAGAAAGAGAACGUGAUAAAGAGAGAACAGAAAAGGAAAGAGAAAAAGAUAAAGAUAAAACAAGUAAAGAUGAUAAAAAUAAAGAAAGGCUGAGCCGUCGUGAUUUUAAUAAACAUUCAGAAGAAAAAGUUUUAGGCAAAGAUAAUUCACGUGAUGAAUUAAAUACAAUUGACAGAAAUAAACAUAGCCGUGAUCAAGUACCUCUAUCAGUUUCAUUUAAUAAUCAAUUUACUAGUAAUUCUCCAGCAGAAAUAUUUUCACAGUCAGAGAUUAAGGGAGAAACUGUUCUAAUUAAAGAUUUGUUAAGUCCUCCUGGAAGAUUUCAUCGUCCUAAUCAAUUAGUUAUUAUAUUAAGGGGACCACCUGGUUCUGGAAAAUCUUAUGUUGCCAAAUUGAUUAAGGACAAAGAAGUCGAAAAUGGUGGCAGUGCUCCCAGAAUGCUCUGUCUAGAUGAUUACUUUAUGGUUGAAACAGAAAAAACAGUUAAAGAUCCUGAUACUGGUAAAAGAAUUAAGAAAAAGGAAUUUGAAUAUGAAUACGAAGCUGAAAUGGAAGAUAUUUAUCAAAGUAGUCUCUUCAAAUCUUUUAAGAAAACCAUCGAUGAUAGAUUCUUUCCCUUUAUCAUUGUUGAUGCUAUCAAUGACAAAGUAAAGAAUUUUGAGAAUUUUUGGAGUUAUGCAAAACAAAGAGGAUUUCAAGUAUAUAUUGCUGAGAUGGAUAAUACUGAUCCAAAUGCAUGCUAUAAGCAUAAUAUACAUAAACGAAGUCUAGAAGACAUAAAAAAGUUAAUUAGUAAAUGGGAACCAACACCUAAAUAUUAUCUUCGUGUUGAUAUUAGAAGUAUCCUACAAGAUGUUGCUAUACCUGAGGUCGAAAUGGAAGAUUUUGUAGCAGAUUCUUCAAAACAGGUGACUAAUGAAAGUUCAAAUCAGACGGAAGAAACAGAACAAGAAGAAAGUGAAGAAGUAUCUAUUUGCCACACUAUUUCUGAAGAAGGCAUGGAAUGUGCUGAAAAUACAAAAUUAUCACAGGUUCACGUAAUAAGCCGUUGGGAAAAAAUGGAAACAACCGAAGAAAAAUUAGACCAACUGGAUGGGCUUCGUGUAACAAAGAGGAAGCAUUCAUCUUUGGAGGAUUAUUUGCAAUUGCCUGAUGAUUAUGAGCAAAGAGAAUCUCAACCUGGCAAAAAGAGAGUUAGAUGGGCAGAUAUAGAAGAAAGAAAACAGCAAGAUCGUAUCAGAGCAAUUGGAUUUGUUGUUGGUCAGACAGAUUGGCAGAAAAUGACAGAUCCCACUCAUGCUGAUAAAGCUCUUACUCGUACCAAGUAUUUUUAACAAGAAGAAAAAUUUAUUAGAAUUUCCAUUACAAAUUAUUAUCAAGCAUUUCUCAUAAAUAUUAUUUGUAAAUUUAUUGUCAUCUGGUGUGUCAAUAAAUGUCAUUU